AUGCACGCAAGAAAUUCAAUCAAAGCAUUUAGCUCAACACCUUGUUUUAUUAUCAGUCGUAUGUGAUUAUUUUAUAACAUCCCUGUCUUUUAAGUGUGAACAAUGCAAAAUUUGAGUGAAAAGUCUUAAAAGUUUUGAUUAAUAGUGUGAAAUUUCUAAUAUUCCUAAAAUAUAAGAAUUAAAAUUUAUAGUUGAAUAUUAAAUAUUUAAUAAGCAGUAAGCAGACAUGGGAGCUGUAUUGGGUUUGUGCUCAGCCGCACAGUGUGCUCUUUGUUGUACUGGCACAGCAGCCAGUCUGUGUUGUCAAGCUUGUCCUUCCUGUAAAAAUUCCACUUCGUCGCGUUUCAUGUAUGCGCUUAUGCUUCUGGUUGGCACUAUAUUGGGUGCUAUUGCUUUGUCUCCGGGUCUGCAAGAUACUUUAAAGAAACUGCCAUUCUGUAUCAAUUCCACCUCUUCGGUGAGUUCCAAGGCUUUGGAAAGUUUCACAAGCAAUUCUUUGCAAGUUGAUUGCGAGUAUGCUUUGGGUUAUAUGGCUGUAUAUCGCAUAUGUUUUGGAUUGGCUUGUUUUUUUACUCUGAUGGCUAUAAUAAUGUGUGGCGUCCGUAAUUCCCGCGAUCCCCGCUCUCAUAUACAAAACGAAUUUUGGGGUCUUAAAUUUUUGCUAUGCAUGGGUGCAACAAUUGGUGCCAUAUUCAUACCGGAUGGAGCGUUUGGUCCGGCCAUGAUGUGGGUAGGCUUAAUCGGUGGCUUGGCUUUCAUUUUAAUACAGCUUAUAAUCAUAGUGGAUUUUGCUCAUUCAGUAGCCGAAUCUUGGGUUGAGAACGCCGAAAAUAAUCGCGGUUAUUAUUAUGCUUUGGUUUUCGUAACUGUCAUAAAUUAUACUCUAUCCUUAAUUGGAUUUACUCUACUCUACGUAUAUUUUACUCAGUCCCACAAUUGUAGCUUAAACAAAUUUUUUGUCUCCGUUAAUCUAAUAUUUUCGGUAUUUGUGAGCAUUGCAUCUAUAUUACCAGCUGUGCAAGAGCGUUUGCCGCAAUCUGGCUUACUGCAAAGCUCUCUCGUGACUUUGUAUACCGUUUAUUUGACAUGGUCAGCUUUAGUUAAUAACCCGGAAAAAGCUUGUAAUCCUGGCAUGUUUGGUAUCAUUGAGGGAAACACCAACACGACCAUAGCUCCGCCUACUGUAAAUACGAAAGUUACUUUUGAUGUCACCAAUAUAAUUGGAUUGAUUGUUUGGAUGUUAUGCAUUAUGUACAACUGCAUACGAUCUGCCGUCGAAAUUUCCAAAAUUAGUGGUGAUGGUGAAAAGAGAGUUUUAACAGAAGUUUUAUCAGAUGCGGAAACGGGUACCGAUAAUAAAACUUCUGCUGAUAAUGAAACGGAAAAUGUUACUUACUCUUGGUCCAUGUUUCACAUUGUCUUUGUAUGUGCAACUUUGUAUAUCAUGAUGACUUUAACGAAUUGGUACAAGCCAAAUUCGGACAUUGAAUUAUUUAAUGCCAAUAUUGCUUCAAUGUGGAUAAAAAUUAUAUCCAGCUGGAUGGGAUUAUGUAUUUAUGGUUGGAGUCUAAUUGCUCCGGCUAUAUUAACUGAUCGUGAUUUCAGUUAAACGAACGAACUUUUUGUAGUUAUUGUCUUAUUUAUCGUGUGUGUGCAACUAUAAAAUAUAAAUUGUUUAUAUAUAGGAAGGAGAAUCUUCAAAAAUAUUUGCUAUAUCGAAAUUUCCUUUAAUAAGAAAUUCAACUUAAUUCAUAUG